AGGCCUUUCGUCCAACGUUAUCAAAUUUGCACUUUUCGAGAUGAAAACAAUCAAUACAGCUGAUGUUUCGUCUGUGUCAUCUGCAGGAGAGGAUGUCGGAUCAGACUGCUUUGUUCGAGUCAGAAAGCGAGACUUGGAGAAACUGGAAGCAGAAGUCAGGACACAACGAGAGCUUAUGCCAAAAGUAAUCAAUAGUGACUUUAUUGAUACUAUCCAUAAAGGACGGUCUCUGGACGCAUUUAAAGAACGCAGUGCCCGUGAGCAGCAGCAACAGAGAGAGGAUUGUCUGCACAUCCGCUCCAGACUAGAUGUUGCUCUGAGCGAGUGUAAGAGAGAGAGACAGGAGAAGCUGGUUUUAAAGCAGCAGUUAUGGGAGUGCAGAGAGGAGCUGCAGCAGCAGAAAACAUAUUGUACUGAGCUGGGCGCUGCAUCUUGCACCCUGCUCUGGAGUGCAUCCCAAAGGGAGGAAGCAAUCAGAGACAUAUUGGCUGAUGGUAAACUGGAGCCCUUCCUGAGCAUUGCAGGUCAAACCAUGGAGGCUUUCAUCAAGUUUCUGAAUGACGAGGCAAAGCCACAACAGAGUUCCAACUCAAAAGAGCAUCAUUUAGUUCUGGCUCUGGCUGGCGUUGUUACCAAUAUAGCUGCUGUGUCUUGUGGACGGGACUUCUUAUCCUCUUCUGCCCACAUCCUGCUGGAUACUCUGUUGCAGCUGCUGUGUCUAAUGAAACCAGGAGUGUUUCCGAAACUCAAAGUAUUGAUGUUAAUGGCUCUAUAUAACAUCACUAUCAGUGGGAAUGGACUGAAGCUCAUAAGUGAGAGCCCUGGACUUCUGCCUCUUCUGCGCACCCUUCUGAAAGACCCUGACCCAGAAGUGUGUCUGCAAUCAUUGAGGCUCCUUCAAUCCUUACUGCUGGAGAGAGAGGUCAUGUCACACAUGACAACUGAUUUUCUAAGCUCUUUCCCACUCAGUCGUAUCCACCAUCUAGCUUCAAGCUGCCACCCUGCUCUAAAGCAAAUAGCCCAGGAAACACUGGAAGAUCUGGCUAGCUUUACCAACACCCAGACUAAAGAUGCAGUGAAGAAGCAGUGAAGCCCAGGCUUUUAACGCACUUAAAAAAAGUAUGUCUAGGUUUAAUCUAGGUCCAGCAAACCACACACUAAUUCUGAGACUUGGCCAUGUUCAAACCUAGAGAUUUCCAAUUGUAGAUUUCCAAAAGAAGAGAUUUCCAAUUCUAAGUCAUGCUAAAACAAGCAUUAACCUUAUUUGUACAUGAAGAAUUUUCAUUCCACAGUUUUUUUUAGUUUAGUCAUCUUUUACUGUGUUAGGCCCUGGAAGUGUUACGAAAUGACUUCUACAGAACUUUCUAAGCUUUAUUUGUAACGUAAAUUCUGAAUACCGCUAUAGAUGUGCAUGUCUUUUAUAAAAUGCCAGAAAAGCCAUAACACAUGCUUUCAUAUUCAGUGUGCCCUUUAUAUCACUUUAUGCUCUGAAUGAAAUUAGCAUCAAAUCGAUAUGUGUGCUGCCCUUUCUAGCACACCCACAACAUCAGCGGUCUCUGUAGUCCAGCCUACGUGGAAUUCUAAACUUAAACACUGGAAUGAUAAAUCAUCCCGUUUCAAGAAGCCUUACUUAGGAUCAUUGUUAGGACACAACACAGUAAUUAGCAUAUAUGGGUCAAAUGUCACAGAACCAAUUAAAGUGUGACCCUUUGGGAGUCAGCAGCAAUAAUGUUAGACAUGAUGGUGUCUAGUGUAUCUAAAGUUAA